AUGUAUGCGAUCAAAUACAGCAGCUUCCGAGACCAAGGCCGCAGAGGAAUGGCCAACACCCACCGCCUCUGGUCCCCACAACGGGACGACCGCGUCUGUGGUAGUAGCGGCGGUGAUGGUGAUAGCGACCCCCCGGAAUGGCCAGCAUCCAUUGCUUUUCUGCCUAAUGACAACCUUUUCUGGACGCCCAUGGUAAGCAUGGUGGCCAUGGUGGUUGGCAUGGCCCGCUGGGUACACUGGUCUGCCGAUUCCCGCUUGGUGGUGCGCACGGCGACGGCCUCCAACUCUGGCUACGGCCACCAAUGCAUCGAACCAAACUGCCGCGAAAUCCGCCUCCCCCUACCACUAACCAAGCAAUCUGCCGAGCAGCUCCUCCUCACCGACAUAGUCUCUUACGCUGAUGAGCUGCCCAGGUGGGAUUAUGCCGCUGGACAGAGGCUACUGGGACUCACACGGAGACGUGCAGCUGAGGUCAGCUUGUUCAACACAGUUUAA